GCGGGGCGAGGAGGAGACGGAAACGAGCGGGGCCCCCCGUCUCCCCGCGCCCGCCCCCUGCGCCACCCGCCAUGGAGAGGAGGCCCGGCGGCCCCUGAGCGAGGAGCGCACGCACGCACCGACCGAGACUUGCCCCCGCCCUGCCCGGCCCGGCCGCCAUCCGCGGAGAGAAGCCGCCCGGCCCCCGCCUCCGCCGCGACAUGGAGGCCGUGAAAGCCUUUAACAGCGAGUUGUACUCGCUAAAUGAUUAUAAGCCACCCAUUUCCAAAGCUAAAAUGACACAGAUCACCAAGGCAGCAAUCAAGGCUAUAAAGUUCUACAAGCACGUCGUACAGAGUGUCGAGAAAUUCAUUCAAAAGUGCAAACCAGAAUACAAGGUGCCUGGUCUGUAUGUCAUUGACUCCAUUGUGAGACAGUCCCGGCACCAGUUUGGACAAGAAAAGGAUGUAUUUGCUCCAAGAUUCAGCAAUAACAUCAUCAGCACUUUCCAGAACUUGUACCGUUGUCCUGGCGAUGACAAGAGUAAAAUCGUUAGAGUGCUGAAUUUAUGGCAGAAGAAUAAUGUGUUCAAGAGUGAAAUUAUUCAGCCUCUCUUGGAUAUGGCAGCAGGAAUUCCUCCUCCUGUUGUGACCCCUGUCUUGCCCAGCACUACAGCUGCUAUGAGCAACAAUACACCAGGAACACCUGUGACUCCAGUUACUCCAGCCAACGUGGCACAGAGUUUACCUGAUCCUUGGGUAUCUCAGAUUGCUAACACAGAUACCCUUGCUGCAGUUGCACAGAUUUUACAGAGUCCUCAAGGCCAACAGCUUCAGCAGUUGAUACAGACACUGCAGAUACAGCAGCAGAAACCUCAACCAUCGCUACUUCAAGCCCUGGAUGCUGGUCUUGUUGUCCAGUUACAGGCCCUCACAGCACAACUUACAGCUGCAGCUGCUGCUGCUAACACACUUAAUCCACUGGAUCAGAGUGUCUCUUUUAAUAAGAAGCUGAUGGACAGGUUUGACUUUGGGGAAGAAUCUGAACAAAAUGAAGAGCCUAAAAAGGAAACUCCCACUUCCCAACUGCCUUUAGUACCAGAAUCUGUGAACAACUCACUUUUUCACCAACUAGCUGAACAGCUACAGCAACAAAAUUUAGAACAUCUCAGACAACAGCUUUUGGAGCAGCAGCAGCAGCCUCAAAAGGCAAGCCCUGAGGAGAAUCAAGAAGGAAAUUUUGGUUCGGAGCACUCUGCGUCACCAUCACAAGGGAGUAGUCAACAGCAGUUUUUAGAAGUGGAAACAAAUGUAGAUGAUUCAAUGGAUAUUCAACAACAGGACAUGGAUAUAGAUGAAGCUCAAGAUAUUGCUGAAGAAGAGAUUUUUGAACAAGAAGAAAAAAAAUCAGCUGUUCGUUCAAGAUCAAGAACUCGUUCAAGAUCUCGUUCAAGGUCACCAAGAAAACGAAGGUCUAGAUCACGGUCUGGUUCUCGUAAGCGUAAACACAGAAAACGUUCUCGAUCAAGAUCAAGAGAAAGGAAGAGAAAGUCAUCUCGGUCAUACUCCAGUGAAAGAAGGGCUAGGGAAAGGGAAAAAGAACGUCAGAAAAAGGGAUUGCCUCCUAUACGGUCAAAAACACUAAGUGUUUGCAGUACUACUCUUUGGGUAGGUCAAGUAGACAAGAAGGCCACACAGCAAGAUUUAACUAACUUGUUUGAAGAAUUUGGACAAAUAGAGUCAAUUAAUAUGAUCCCCCCAAGAGGUUGUGCUUACGUCUGUAUGGUACAUAGACAAGAUGCGUAUCGUGCUCUUCAGAAACUUAGUUCUGGGUCUUAUAAAAUUGGAUCUAAAAUUAUUAAGAUUGCCUGGGCUUUGAAUAAAGGUGUGAAGACAGAAUACAAGCAAUUCUGGGAUGUGGAUCUGGGAGUUUCCUAUAUUCCAUGGGAGAAAGUAAAAUUGGAUGAUUUAGAGGGCUUUGCUGAAGGUGGCAUGAUUGACCAGGAAACAGUAAAUACUGAGUGGGAAACAGCCAGAAGCUCAGAAGCUGCUAAAGAAAAUACACAAACUACUCAGAGUGCUGCAGUUGAUAAGAGUACCGUUAUUACAACACAGACAGAAGCUUACACACAACCAGUCACUAUGCUGCAGAUUCCUGUAGCUCCAGCUGUGCCUGCUGUUAGCUUGGUUCCACCUGCAUUUCCUGUCACAAUGUCUGUCCCUCCUCCUGGUUAUAGCCCAAUUCCUCCUCCACCCUUCUUGAGAGCAAGUUUCAACCCUUCACAGCCACCUCCAGGUUAUAUGCCUCCCCCAGUUCCACCUGUGGUUCCGCCACCUGUUGUCCCGCCACCUGUUGUCCCACCAGUUGUUCCAACACCUUUAGUACAACCUCCAUUACCAAUUGCGCAAGAGACAAUGAAGGAUGUUCCUUUUACUAGCCUUGUUCUGCCAGUUGGCACAGUUACUGGCAAUCUAGCUACUCCAACACUAUCAGCUGGAAGUGUUUUUAAUCCUCUGCCAAUCAACAAACCAGAACCAGAUGAGAAAGGAUCACACCUUACGGACCUUCAGAUUUCUUCCAGUGAAAACAAUAGAUCUGUGCAAAGUGAUGUCUCGAGUAGCUCUGGACUUGUUGGAGGAGUGCAGCCACCCAGUGUCUCAAGCAAUUCUGGGCUUACUGGCGAAGGGCAACCACCCACUGUCUCAAGUAGCUCUGGACUUGCAGGGGGAGUACAGCCACCGAGUGUUUCGAACAGUUCUGGACUUGUAGGAGGAGUGCAACCACCGACUGUUUCUAGCAGUUCCGGUCUUGCAGGAGGAGUGCAACUACCUGCUGUCUCCAGCAGUGCUUCUCUUACUGGCGGGGUUCAACCAACUAACGUCUCAAGUAGCUCUGGACUUAUGGCUGGAGUGCCACCACCAAAUGUCUCAAGUAGCUCAGGGCUUCUAGCUGGAGUGCAUCCACCCAGUGUCUCAAGCAGCCCUGGCCUUCUAACAGGAAUGCAGCCACCCAGUGUCUCAAGCAGCUCAGGAGUUCUGGCAGGAGUACAGCCACCAAGUGUUUCAAGCAACUCUGGGCUUCUCAUAAUGCCACCACCCAAUGUUUCAAGUAGUUCUGGACUUAUGGGAGUGCCACCACCAAAUAUGUCAAGUAGUUCUGGACUUCUGGCAAUGCAGCAUCCAGCUGCAGUGCAAAACAUGCCUCAUUUAAAUAUUAGUAGUCAAAGGAUGCCAGGAAUGCCUCUUAUAGAUAUCCGUCCAGGCCUAAUGCCCCAUUCUCCUGGACCAAGGUUUCCAUUAAUGCAACCGGGAAUGCCACCACAGCGUACUAUUCCUCCUCCUGCAAUCCUUGAUCCAUCUCUUCACCCACCACCUCGAGGUCCUUUUCCUCCCGGAGAUAUUUUUAAUCAAACCGAAAGACCUUUUGGAACACCAGGAAGACAAAAUAUCGAUAACAUUUCUAAUGCAGAGAAAAGACUACCGCUUGGAGGCGAUAACAUCCAACAGGAGGGAGACAGAGAUUAUCGCUUUCCUCCUGUAGAAAACCGAGAUACUCUUAACAGACCGUCUCCAGUGGAUGUCAGAGAUCCUGUUGGACGACCACCAGUUGAUCCAAGAGAGGGUAUAGGAAGGCCUCCAGUAGAUGGAAGAGAACACUUUCCAAGACCCCAUAUAGACAUGAGAGAAAAUUUUGGAAGACCAGGUAUGGAUAACCUUGGUCGAAGAGAGCAUUUUGGUUUCAAUUCAGACAAGCACUGGGGACAGAGAGGAGAUUAUGAUGAAAGAGAGCACCACGCCUUCCCUAUUUAUGGUGGUCCUAAAGGCUUCCAUGAAGACAGAGAGAGGUUUCGGCAUGUAAACUAUAGGUUUGAUAGUAGAAGUGGUCCCAGUUGGAAUAGAGGAUUUGAACAAGAUGCUCACAGAGAUUUUGAUGACCGCAGAAGACCCUGGGAAAGACAGAGGGAUAGGGAUGACAGAGAUUUUAAUUUUUGCAGAGAAAUUAAUGGGAACAGGUUUGGAAGAGACAGAAUGUCAAACAACUGGAUCCCUCCUCCACAUCCACGGGUUUUUGAAUAUUUUGAUGGGGCCACUUCUCAACGCAAAGCUGAUAAUAUGCCCCAGGUAAAUGGUGAAAAUACAGAGACAGAAAGUCAGCCACCAACUGCACAGGUGCAGGAUGAUCCAGAACUUUAUGAAAAACUGACAUCUUCCGUCGAAAUAAACAAAGAGAAGAGUGACACAGAAGCUGAUAUAGAGAGUGAACCAGUGGUAGAAAGCACAGAAACUGAGGGGACAUAAUCAUCACUCAGUAGGUAAAAGAUACCUUUUGUAAAGUUGUCAUCUCUCUGUAAUAGAUAAAUGGCUGACUGGACCGUAGCAGUUCACUUUUGUCUGCCAGAAUUAAGUUAAUCGAUGUUCAUGUUCAUCUUUCACUUAAAUAACUGUACAACUGACUUGUAUAGAACACUGUUCUUAAUUUGAACAUGGUAGGUAAACGCUUUUUUUGGGGUUGUUUUUGUUUGUUUGUUUGUUUUUUUUUUAAUUUUAUUUUAUUUCUCUGGUAAAGCAUAAACUUGCCCCCACUUGCUUUUAAUUUCACAAAGGUAAUUAACAGCUUGUCAAACAAAGACUUCCUAUGGAAGAAAAUGGAAUUUUUAGAUACUACCCUUAGGCUGGCUGUCGAAAUUGUUAUACUUGAAAACAGGUGCUGGUGUAUCUUGUCUGUGUUUUUAGGCUGCUGCAGAAUUUUAAAGUAUAGACAAAGCUGUGAUAUUUUAUGUUCCUACAAUUCGGCAGAAAAAGAAAUGGCCCAUGUUAUUUAAGGAGCAUAUCACAGAGAUUAAAAGUGAUUUUGUAAAAUCUACACUAUAGUCUCUGUUUUCUCUAAAGUAAGUGUUUGUGAUUUGUUCCUCGUACUGCAGUGGGUUUAAAAAAAUGAAAAAGUACAUUUUAAUGUUGGGUGCAUUUUGUUUUUAGAUGCCAAUAAAGCAUAUUUGUUUGAUAA